AACAGAAAGAAAACUAUUAAAUUAAAAGAACAAAGUAAAAUAGAAUGAUUUAAAUAGUAGAAGAGAGAAGUGGUAUAAAAUCAAUUAAAUUUUAGAGGGAUAACAAUCGUAAUAAUUUGGAAUUGAUGAAGCUAUAUCAAGAAGAUGGGAUGAAGGUAAUAAAGCUUUUAAUUAUUAGUUGCUAAUCAACUGAGAUAAGAAAUAUAAGUAUAUAAUAAAAAAUAUUGUAAACUUAGUAACUAGAACGAUAAAUGUGGCAAAAUAAUGUUGAUAGGAUGUUUUAAAAGGGGAAUGGUGUUCCGAAGAAAUAUUUAUAAAAAUUGAAGUAGAUGAAAAUGGGGAAGUCGAAUAGACAAUGUAGUAUAUGUUGUAAUUAAUUCGAAAAAGGUACAAAUAUUUAUUUAAAUAGAUGAAUUAAUUAUAUAGCUUCCUUGUAAACAUAUUUAUCACAAAUUUUGUGUUGAAUCUUGGCUUUAAAAUAGUACGAAAUGUCCAAAUUGUCGCGCAGAUGUUUUGGAAGAGUUAAGAGGUUUGGAGAAAUGAUUAAGAUUUCUAUGGACAAGAAUAUAUAAAAAACAAAAAAAAUUAAUACUAAC